AUGUUUUAUUGUCUGAGAAUCCAGGUGACAAUGAAGUUUGACAAUAUUCUGGAUGAGGCAGAUGGCUUUGGCCGAUACCAGAUUGCACUUGUUAUGCUGCUGUUCAUGCCUCGCAUCACAAUCCCGUGUCACUUUCUGCUGAACAACUUCAUCGCCGCAAUCCCGUCUCAUCACUGCGACAUCAGCUCUCUGGAAGCCGACGGGGUCUUUGGGAAUCUGACUCAGGAGGAGAGACUGACUGUCAGUGUUCCAGCACAGGAAGGGACUCCUGUUUCCUGUCACAUGUUCUCUCAUCCUCAGUUUCAGCUGCUGAUAAACUCCUCCAGCAGCACAGAUCUUCCAGUAGUGGAGUGUCAGAAUGGAUGGCACUUUGAUAACAGCACCUUUAUCAGCACUCUCGCCACACAGUUUGAUUUAGUUUGUGACAAGAGGGGACUGGCCAAAGCAUCAGCCACCAUAUUUUUUGUGGGUGUCAUGUGUGGAGCUGUGUUCUUUGGAGUGCUCUGUGAUAAGUAUGGUCGGAGGAGCAUGUUGCUGGUGUCUUAUUUGUUUUCCAUAGUGUUCAGUGUUACAAGUGCUUUCUCAAGCUCUUACAUCAUGUUUGCUGCCUUUCGCUUCCUAACUGGUUUAGCACUGACAGGAAUCAUCAAUAUAUCCAUGGUACUCAGUAUUGAAUGGGUGGACACUAAGCACCGCACAUUUAUGGGUGUGUUCGGCAGUAUGUCCUGGAGUAUAGGCAACAUGCUGCUGGCUGGUUUCGCCUAUAUGGUCACUGAUUGGAGGCUGCUGAUUGUUAUUGUCACUGCUCCUCUUCUUCUUGCUACAGCCACCUGGUGGUGGAUCCCUGAAUCAGCACGGUGGCUAAUAGCUAAUGGAAAGACAGAAACAGCAUACAAGUAUCUGCACAAAUGUGCUACUUUUAACCAGAGAGGAAACUUCACAUCUAGAGUCAAGCCAGAGACUCUGUCCACUGUAGUGACUGUGGAUCACCGGGGUCACAGUUACACUUACUUAGACCUACUUAAAACUCCACAGCUGAGGAAACUCACGCUCUUCACCGGCAUAGUGUGGUAUGGAGUUGCUUCUACAUACUACGGCAUCAGCUUAAACAUCACAGGCUUUGGACUUGACCCCUACCUGACACACUUCAUUUAUGCUGCCAUAGAGGUGCCAGCGAAAAUCCUCAUCUACUUCAGCCUCAACAAGGUGGGCCGCAGAAACACUCAGACCGGGACGCUGGUGCUCACAGGAUUCUGCAUACUCAUCAACAUAGUCACACCUACAGAAUACUGGACAUUUCGGACGGUAAUUGCAGUGUUAGGGAAAGGACUUUCAGAGGCUUCGUUCACGACGGUGAUUCUGUACACCACUGAGCUCUAUCCUACAGUCAUGAGGCAGAAUGGUCUUGGCUUCACCAAUUUUAUGGCACGUAUGGGAGCAUCCAUUUCUCCUCUUAUCAUGCUCCUAGAAGACGUUUGGACGCCUCUCCCUGAGGUCAUUUUCUGCUCGAUGGCCAUUUUUUCUGGUGUCAUUGCAUUGCUUCUCCCUGAAACCAACUAUGCAAGUCUGCCAGAAACUGUAGAAGAUAUUGAGGAAAUGAGGAAGAAACCUGUCUAUUUCACCAAAAAGGAUCAAAGUGCCAUCUCUUUAAAGUUGCCCCUCACAGCAGACACAACACAAUAA